AUGGGCAGCCUUGUGUCCACAACACCACGUUUAGGCCUUUACAGCCAUGUGCUCUCUUUUGCCCUCAUAGCAGCAGACGACCAGGGCUGUGAGAAAGGGCUACACGAAACGUUGGCCCUUCUGACCUCCCAGCUGCGUCCAGACGCCAACCACAAGGAGGACAUGGUCUUCCUGAAGGACGUCUUCAGCGAGAAGAGCCUGGGAUACCUGAUGAAGAUCCACGAGAGGCUGCGUCUGUAUGAGUGCCAGUGUCCCGCCCCCGUCCUGCACAGUGCCUCGUCUCUUGUGGAGGAUGUGGCGGAGGAGCUGCAGGGCAAAUCGAUGAGCAGCAACGAGAAGGAGCUUCUGCGUCUGCUGAUGUCACCGCACUUCAAGGCGGUCCUCUUUGCGCAUGACACCGUCGCACAGAAGAACUUCGACCCCGUGCUGCCGCCACUGCCUGACGACCUGGAGGACGAGCUGGAGGAGGCGACAGUGAAGAUCGUGCGCCUGGUGAAGAACAAGGAGCCGCUGGGGGCGACCAUCCGGCGAGAUGAGACCACAGGGGCUGUUGUCGUCGCUCGGAUCAUGAGGGGCGGGGCUGCUGACCGGAGUGGUCUUGUGCAUGUUGGUGACGAGCUCCGGGAAGUCAACGGCAUCUGCAUCGCGCACAAAAGGCCCGAUGAGAUCAGCCAUCUGCUGUCCCAGUCUCAGGGUUCCAUCACUCUCAAAAUAAUCCCAGCCGUGAAAGAGGAGGACCGGUUGAAAGAAAGCAAGGUGUACAUGAAGGCUCUGUUUGACUAUAACCCCUCGGAGGACAAGGCCACACCCUGCCAGGAGGCCGGCCUGCCUUUCAAGCGCGGGGACAUCCUGCAGGUGGUGAGCCAUGAUGACCCCACCUGGUGGCAGGCCAAGAGGGUGGGGGACAGCAACCUCCGGGCAGGCCUCAUCCCCUCCAAGAGCUUCCAGGAGAGACGGCUGGCAUACAGGGUUAAAAUGGGCACCAUGCCCCAUCUGAGGUCCCCUGGACGACCACUCUCUGGCCUGAGAAGGAGUUUCCGUCUCAGCCGCAAAGGACGUCAGGACACUCCUGAGGAGACCCCACCCGAGUCAGAAUUCUUGACCUACGAGGAGGUGACACGAUACCAGCAGCGUCCUGGUGAACGGCCCCGUCUAGUGGUGAUGAUUGGCUCCUUGGGAGCACGGAUUAAUGAACUGAAGCAGAGGGUGAUAGCAGAAAACCCCCAUCGCUACGGAGUGGCAGUUCCUCACACCACAAGGCCCAAGAAGACUCACGAGAAGGAUGGAGUGGAAUACCACUUUGUUUCUAAACAGGCGUUUGAUGCAGACGCCCAAAACAACAAGUUCAUUGAGUAUGGAGAAUACAAGGAGAACCUUUAUGGGACCAGCCUGGAGGCCAUUCGCUCUGUUCAGGCCAAGAAUAAGCUCUGUAUCGCGGAUGUGCAGCCGGAGGCUUUGAAGACCUUGCGCACAGCGGAGUUCAAGCCCUAUGUGAUCUUUGUAAAGCCCCGUAUCCCCGAAAGCCAGCCACGUCACACUUCUGGUACCUCACCAGCAGGGGGCGAGCAAUACCGCAUCACGGAUGAAGACCUGGAGGAGAUGCGGCAGUCUGGAGCGCAGAUGGACCAACAGUAUGGCCACUGGGUUGACCGAGUCCUGGUCAAGGAGGACAUGGCCAGUGCAUGUGCGGAGCUGCGCGGAAUCCUGGAGCGGCUAGAGAGAGAGCCCUCCUGGGUGCCAGUCAGCUGGUUGCGCACUUAACAUCUCGCCCAGCUUCAGGCCUCUGGCCCCUGGUACCCUCUCCAGAACCCUUCAGUGCCAGCUGCCUUUUGUCCUCUUCCCUCCUGCCCUCCUUUCUUUGAACUCAUCUUCACCGACAGUGGAAAGGACAGGCUAAAAAUUCGAACCCUGAUGUGGAAGUUGGGAACGGCAUGCCAGAACCACAGAGAACUCAUCCCUGUGCCCCGGACACUCUACUCCACACAUUCUUCGUUUUGCCCUCUACACAUUUAAAUCCUUUAAAAGUCCCAGCACUUCUGGGUCCACAGAAAUCAGUUUUUCGGGGGAGGGGCAGGACCCCAAUGUUGACAUCAUUGAUAGACAAUGUCACUAUGAACCUGCUUAUGGUUCCUACAUAAAUAAUUAGGACAGCAUGGAACAGCAGGUUUGGAUUAUAGGACUGACAUUUUUUGGACAAAAGACCCAUAGGUUCAUCAUGGUAUAUUUUUCUUAAUUUCGUUAUUUAUUAACUGGAAUGUCAGCUGCAUUUAGACUGCUUUUAUUCAACUAGAAUUGGGAAGCUGCCUUUGACUGCAGCAAGACCCUGAUUCGAACCAAGACUGGAUAUCUUGUUGGUUUGACAUGGAAGGCUGAGCGGUCCUUGGAAAAUUUCCAUAACCUUUAGUGGUAGCUGACAGCCAUCUCUGUCUCUGAAGUCCCCAUGAACAUUUAAAAGAAACUGUUUUAACCACGCGGUGCUUCCAUACGUCUUUCCAUCACCUUAUGGCCACAAGGGGAUCCAGUGUGAAAUUUGCUGCGCAGUGAAAUGCGUUCCAGAGCGAACCCUACAGCAGAAACAAAUCCAAAGGCUUCCACUGCAAAAACGAUGUGUGGACAUUGAAAUAUAUGACAAAAUAUAAUCCAUUGUAAUUACAAAACAGAAAUCACAUAACAUGAGAUGCCUUGAAUGCGGUUUACAAUAUGUUGUCUUAUACUGGUCUCUUAAUUGUGAAACCGUGGCCUAUUGUACUUGGGAAAAAAUGAAGGUUAAUCUAGUUCAACAAGAUAGACGAUAAUAGCUGCACGAGUAUCAGGAUGAUGCAAAUAUCAGUUUGUUUGCAUUUCAAAUACAAUUAAACUUUUGGUGAAACCUUGUGGUGAUUAUGUGUGAA